AUGGAGAACGGAAACAUCAGCCAGGGCGAGGGUAAGGACCCCUCCAGCUUCCUCAGCGACAUCAUCGGCAACCCCGUCACUGUGAAGCUCAAUUCGGGCGUCGUCUACAAGGGUGAGCUGCAAUCUGUUGACGGCUACAUGAACAUCGCGCUGGAAAAGACUGAGGAGUACGUCAACGGCGUCAAGAGGCGGGCGUACGGCGACGCGUUUCCGUCCUGGAAUUCUCAUGCUGAUGGCUGGUCUACAGUCAUGUACAUCUCCGCGGACUCGUGA